AUGGGUACAGCUGUUGCUCUUACAGGUGCAAAUCAAGUUUAUGAACCAAUUGGUUGGCAAACUGGAUGGGUCAGUUAUGAAUCUGCAAGAUGGGGCUGUUGGGGACAACUUCACGAAUAUGCACAUCAUUUCCAGAACGGAUGGACCUAUGGUAACUGGGGUGAAGUCUCAAACAAUGCAUUGAAUCUAAUCUCAAUGGCAACAAUGAUGGAAGUUGAUGCAACGAGAAUGGUGAAUUUCUUUGGUAAUGCGCAAAUGUCUGGUGAUUGGUCAAAUACAGCACAUCAAUACGGAAAUGUUAAUGCUAAUGAUUUAUUGUAUUGGUAUGGUCUUCCUUUGUAUUGGUUUGGUUCAGAUCUACAAAGGAAAAUUAUCCGUUCUACAAAAGAUGGAAAAUAUUUCCCUCGAAACAAUUCUUUCCCUAAUCAGUUCAUGUUGACAAUGUCUCAUUUGACCAAGAGAGAUAUGAGACCAUAUUUCAGUACAUGGCCUAAUUUAUAUAAUUAUUCUACAGCUAUUCGUCAAGAAGCACAUGAGCUUUUGGAUUCAUGGAACUACAAAGAAUUCCACCCUGUAUCAACAAUUUAUCAAACAGGUUAUGUAUUAGAUGGUGUUGAAUUUGAAACAGCAAAACCAUUCAGAAUUCCUGCACGUGAUCCAUAUUAUUUCGAUUUCGAGAGAUUCAAGAAGACAAGAGAUGGAAUGCACACAUUCACAUUCAAGAGAGUCAUUCCGGGUCAAGGAACAUUUGAAUCAAUCGGAACUGGUCAAUACAAAUACACUCCACCAGAUCCAAGUAUUGUUGACAAGUUCUACCUUGAAUACGAAGAUGAUGUUACAAAGGACAUCACAAAGAUGAUUGUCAGAAUCAAACAAGUUUUCCCAGGUGUAAAAUUGACAUACUUUAAUAACUCUGCUUCAUUGUCAAUUGAUAAUGCAUACAAGAAAUAUCUCGAAACUAAAGACAAAUUCCAUGUUAUGUUACAAUCUGAUUUCAAUAUUCCAAAGAUGAGGUACAAAUUCCUUGCUGUAACAGAUGGUUGCUUCUAUCCUCCAGAAACAAAUACUUAUAGAUUUGUAUCUUAUCAUGAUGAAGGAUGCUUGAUUUAUCUUUCAGAGAAUCCUUUCAAUGACAAUUUUGAUAUUGAUGCAGGUUCUAAAUUAUUUAGAGCCUGGGGAUACGGAGGCUGGAAUAAAAAUGAUCGAAAUAGUAAGUGGGUCAAUUUGACAAAAGAUAAGAAGUACUAUCUCAGAUUCGUUAUCAACAAUGUUGGUGGUGAAGGUCAAAGUCAAAUUGGAUAUAUCUACAACACAUCUGAUAACAUCAAAGGAAUACAAACAGAUAGAAUUUGGUUACCUGGAGCUAUUCGUGGAGAAACGGAUCAGAAUCCAUUCAUGCCAAAGAUAGAAAAUGACCCUACAUUAGGUAUUUAUUGGGAAAGUGAUUUAAGAAUCAAAUAUCCACCAAACAAUUUCAAAUUAUUAAAAUCGCUUACAACAGAAGAUCCAGCAGCUGAUUUAAACAAGUUGCUUUUUGAUGGAAAUACAUCACCAUCUCAAUCAACAAAUGUUGUUCAACCACUUCCUAUUGAUUAUGACAUUGAUUUCGGUCAAGAACUUACAUUUGAAAGAUUGUACAUGCCUCAAAGAAGUCGGAAAGUUAAUGGAAAUUGUACGAUUACAUGUGAUGGAGAACAAAUUUAUGAUGGUCGUUUUGAUUCUACAAUCACUUUUGGUUCUGCAUAUUAUUGCAGAUAUGUUAAUCUGAGUAUUUACUCAAAUUCGAAUGGUAAUUUUGCAGGAAUUGUUGAAAUACAACCUGUAUUGCUCAAAGCGGCAACAUCAAGAAAUAUAAUACCUGCAACACACAAAGAUUGGAGAAUACAAGGUAAUGGUGUUUUGUCUAAGGAAGGUUUGUAUUACAACGGAAAAGGAUGGAAAUUGCAAAAAGAUGCAAAUCUAACAUUAAGCAUAGAUUUGAAUGAAACUGGUGACAGCAUAGCAAUAAUUGGUGACAAGUCGAUAUAUGGUGGCCAUUUCGAUGUUUAUCUCGAUGGUGAAUUACAUGGUUCGUGCAACACUUCUUUCAUUUUCGAUGACAUCCAGAAGAACAGAAUAAUAGACACAAUGUUCCAACAACCAUUGUAUUCAAUAAGAAACUUGAAGAACAGUUCUCAUCACUUUGUUUCUAUGGUUGUUCGAACAGGUAAUGUCGGUAUUGCAGGCAUCCUUGCAGAUGGCAAAAUGAUUCAAGUUAUUGAUCCCACACCUGCUCCAACACCUGCAAUAGCAUCAUCAGGGGAUAAUCUAGAUGUUGGUAGUUCUAAUGGUAAAAUUAUUGGUAUUACUCUUGGGGUUGUAAUUCCAUUGGUUGUUAUUGGGGCAGCAAUUGUCGGUUCUUCGUGUUCAAGCAUCUCAAAGAGAAAUCCCUUGAAAGAAGUUCUGAUGAAGAUGCUUUACUUGUAUAAUUGUUUUUGCCAGUACUUUUGA